AUGUACGAUCAGUUGCGAACGAGCAACCAGGUCAGAGCAAUGCGAACGAGCAGAGCGAUCAACCCAGCUGUUGUGAGCGCGCAACAUGGACAAAACGAUCAGUCAGGACGAACAUACCUGAAACUGGUUCACUCCAGAAGUGGUCACAAGACAUGCAUUUCUAAGCAUAGGCAUCGAAUAAACUCAAUCCGAUCGUCCAAUCCAGUGACUGAUCUUGCUGGCUUGCGAAUUUCUCUUGCGGUCAUAAGAGAGACCCUCACAUCGAUCAGUGAAAAGGAUCGAUUGAUAGAGGAUGUUGUACCAGACAAACGUCUGCAAGCCGAGCUUGAAACGGCUUGUGAGUUCAGAGCGGAGGUACGAGAAUUCAUUCAGCAGACGAAUGAUUUCUUGGAAGAUCAGCAAGCGUCUUCCAGGGGGUUAACAGGAGAAGCGAGCGGGCUUCAUACAAUGUUCUCACCAAGAUCAAGUCAGAUCAAGCUGCCUAAGAUAGAUCUUCCCUCCUUCAGUGGGAAGUAUACAGAGUGGACGAGCUUCAUCGAUCAGUUCGAUUCUGCUGUACAUGGAAACCCAAACCUCCAAAACGCUGAGAAGUUGAACUACCUCAAGUCUUCGCUUCGAGGAGAAGCACACGAUCUGAUCAAGAGUGUAGCAGUAACAGACGUGAACUACGAGCUCGCAAGGAGGACUCUAAGGGACCGAUUCGACAACAAGAGGUUCAUUGUAAGCAUGCAUCUCAGUGCUGUGUUAAACUACCCGACUUUGAAAGCCGAAGAUGGAACAAACCUCAGGAAGCUUUUGGAAUGUUUCCGCGAAAAUGUGGCUGCAUUAGAAGUGCAAGGCUGUAAUACUCAAGACUGGGAUCCAAUACUGGUUCAUGUGAUUGAGCAGAAACUGGAUCCAGAAAGCCAAAAGCAAUGGCAGCUUCACAACCCAGGAAGAGAGCUCCAGAAACUACACGAGCUUGACAAUUUCAUUAGUGCGCGAGCGAGGGCACUAGAAGCAGUGAAGUCAUCAAUCACUUUACAGAAACCAACGACUCGAAUUGAAGCACAUGCUGAUAUCCAAAGUAAAAUCGACCGAAGGCAAUCGUAUGGAGCAACAACUGUGGACGAGCAAUGUGUGUUUUGUGGAGCACUUCAUACUGUAACUGCAUGCAACGAGUUCAAGAAGUUGAAAGUACAUACACGGAAAGACGAAGUGACUUCCAAACGACUGUGCUUUAAUUGUUUGCGCCCAGGGCAUAUGGUAACGAAAUGCCCAAGCACUCACAAUUGUAAGCAGUGUGGUAAAAGACACCAUUCUCUUCUUCACACGGACAGUCAGCGCAGGGAACAACCUAUUACAACUGAGAGAAAGACUGUGAACGAUUGUCAUACGAGUGGAAACAACCUGUGUACUGUAAUUAGUGCUACGGAACCUGACAAAACGGCCCUACUUGGAACUUGCAGGAUACCGCUGUUCAACCAUCACAGACAAGAAAUCAUUUGCCGCGCCUUGAUAGACAAUGGAUCGCAGUUGCACUUCGUCAGUGAAAGCUUCGUACGAAGGAAUGGAUUGCCUCGUAAAUCAGUCAACCAAACAGUGAAACCAGUUGGAACUGCCCCCCCCCCAUUGGAGACGAGAGGACUGGCUCCAAUAACUUUGUCAUUGCCCGGAGAAGACACACUACGAGCAGACUUCUUCAUCAUGCCUCAAGUCACAUCAGAUCUACCAGGAGACGAUGUGGAUGUACGCGAACAUAACCUUCCAUCUCGAUAUGCGCUGGCCGAUCCAGCUUUUGACAAAAGAGGAAGGAUUGAUCUUCUAUGUGGCGUUGAACUGGCAAACGAGCUCACCACUGGUAAACGGAUACGAGAAGGGUCUCUCACCUUGGAUGAAUCAAUUUUUGGCUGGAUUGUGAGUGGAUCAGUACAGUUACUAAGCAAGUGCAAUGCUGAUAGAGUUUUGCAAACAAACUUCGUCCGUCAGGAGUCUGAUCUGGACAUUAGUCGCUUUUGGACAAUUGAGGACUUGCCUUUGAACCGAUGCCCUCGAUCGAAGGAUGAAGAAUUUGUUGAGGAUCAUUUCGACAAAACAACCAUAACUAAGCCAGAUGGUCGCCACUCUGUUAGUUUGCCUUUCAAGACAACCGUUGGAACCCUCGGCGAAUGCAAAGCCAAUGCACUCAAACGAUUCUUCAGUCUGGAACGCAAGCUUAAGCAGGAUGUGGCUUUGUACACUCAGUACCGAGACUUCAUCAAAGAGUUCCGAGACAUGGGUCACCUAGAAGUCGUACCACCAGAUGAGCUCGCAAUGUCAGAGAAAAUAUGCUACUACCUUCCCCACCACUGCGUUCUAAAGGAUAGUACAACUACAAAGCUACGAGUUGUCUUUGAGGCUAGUGCUCUUACUAGUACCCGAAUUUCACUGAACGAUGCACUGAUGGUUGGCCCUAAGCUUCAAGAGGAUUUGUUUGAUCAUCUGCUAAGAUUCCGAUGCUACCCCAUUGGAAUCACCGGAGACAUUGAAAAGAUGUAUCGUCAGGUGGCUCUUAACAAGGAGGAUAAGGACUUCCACCGAAUUCUCUGGAGAGAUGUGCCCGACCAACCAAUAGAUACAUACAGGAUGACCCGAGUGACAUAUGGAGUUGCUAGCAGUUGCUAUCACUCUGUUCGAUCACUCAUAGAAGCAGGAAAGCAUUCUUGUGUCGAAGAAACAAUCAGUCGAGACUUCUACGUCGAUGACUGA